UAUUUUGGAGAGGAAAAAAAAAGCUAUUUUUCAGAUUUUUACCUUAUCUAAAGGAGCCCUUAGUAAGAAACAUACUGAAAAAUGAGCUCAUAUUCUGACCUAUUCAUUGAUGUAUUUCUACUAAUUCUCUGAAUUGAAUCUUAUUUAAAGGACCAUUAGUCAAUUUGAUUGAUCGAUUAAGACUUGUAUUAGUAGAUUGCACAGUACAGUACAUAUUCCGUACAAUCGACCACUAAAUGGUAACACCCGAAUACAUUUUUCAACUUGUUCAAGUAGGGGUCCACGUUAAUCAAUUCAUAGUAGAUAAUAAUAAAUAAAUAAAUAAUAAUAAUAAUAAAUAUAUUGAUAUAUUUGUUUGCAACAAGUGAUACAUAUAAUGCUAAAUGGCUGUUUGUUGACUUGCAUCUUAUUUAAAGGAGCACCUAAUACAGCUAUUGAUGAAUGUGUGUUUUCUUUUAGCUUAUCAAAAAACAAGUGGGAUAAAACUGAUCAUUUUCUACCGGUUUGUUUACCUUUAUGUUAUUUACAGGAGCAGUGAUUAAUAACAAUAGUAAAACAUUCAAAGGGGCAUUUAAAAACAAACAUGUUGUUUUUAUUAUCUUACGUUUCUCUUACAUAAAGAAGCAGUUAACAGAAAUAUGACCGAUUCACGGGACAGGGCAAUGCGCGUGUCUGCGCAUGUGCAGAAGGCUCUUUAAAUCCCUCCCUGCCUGUCCCCGCUGGAUUAUAUCCAUCGUCCUGCCGCUGAGAUGUCUACCCCGGACGCAGCAGGCACCCCAGGAGCCCCGGACUCCGAGGGGGGCCCCCCGGCUGCGGUCCCCAACCUGACCAGCAACAGGCGACUGCAGCAGACGCAGGCGCAGGUGGACGAGGUGGUGGACAUCAUGCGGGUGAACGUGGACAAGGUCCUGGAGAGGGACCAGAAGCUGUCGGAGUUGGACGACCGCGCCGACGCCCUGCAGGCCGGCGCCUCGCAGUUUGAGAGCAGCGCCGCCAAACUCAAGAACAAAUACUGGUGGAAAAACUGCAAGAUGAUGAUCAUCAUGGCCAUUGUCGGCGUCAUAUUCUUUGGUGUCAUCUUCUUGUACUUCUUCUACUGAGUCCCACUCAGCAUCUUCCUGCUCUUCCUCACACGCCCUGCAAUGGCUGAUGGGUAACAUUUGGCUCUGCCUGCCAACAUCAUACAUGUCCAACUGUGACCUCCGUGUUUAAGUAUUACAUCGCAACUCUUUAAACCACCAGCAUAUUUGCACUGAAAGUAUUUCCUUGUCCAAUGAAAUGAUUGUCUUCUGUGAGAACGCUGCCCCCUUGUGGAUCAUUAGGUUACUGCUUGUUAAUUCACUUUGACCAAGGUGAAUAUUGUGAUUGCAUUGAACAAUAAAUUGUAUUGAAAA